AUGAGAUUGCUGUCGAAGCUGCAUAUCACUUUGUCCAACCUGGUGAAGUUCAUGGCUCUGGGUCGGAACCAACCCCUGAAGAAAGAGAAACCCAAAUGGAAGAGCGAUUACCCCAUGACGGACGGGCAGCUGCGCAGUGCUCUUACGGAGUGUUACGAUGAACUGGGCAACCGCUACCAGCUCCCCGUCUACUGCCUUGCCCCUCCCAUCAACAUGAUCGAGGAGAAGGGUGACCUGGAGACUCUGGAUAUUCCUGACCCCCCUCCCAACUCCGGGCACGAGUGCCAGCUCCGCCUGCGCCUGUCCACGGGCAAAGACCUGAAGCUGCUGGUGCGCAGCAUGGACACCGUGUACCACAUGAAGCGGCGGCUGCACGCCGUGGAGGGAGUGGAGCCGGGCAGCCAGCGCUGGUUCUUCUCUGGGAGGCCCCUGGCAGAUAAAAUGAAACUGGAGGAGCUGAAAAUCCCAAAGGACUACGUGGUGCAAGUCAUCGUGAGCCAGCCCUUAGCAAAUCCCACCCCGGUGGAAAACUGA